UCCCACUCAGCAUAACCCGGUCACUCGUUACAAUGUCGACGUGCCCGAGAAUGACCCCAAGCUAAAACUAUUCCAAUUCCCCGGUGGCAAGGCUGGUAAAGGAACAAAAUAUAAAUUGGAGAACGAAGAGAAGGAUUGUAUAAUGCUAUAUGUGCUUAUGAACAUGGAGGAAGUGAUCCCAUUCGUAAGCGAAUUCACGGAUGAAAUGUGGCCGUAUGAUGAAUUGCCCGAAACCUCGGAGAUGGACACUCUACUGAAAGACGGUGCUCCCGGAAUUAAUAAAAACUUUGUGACAUGGUUCAUGGAAAAAGGCCGUGAGAGAAACGUUGAUAUGAUAGAUGAGUUGAAAUGUGUUUCCCAAGGUUGUAGCCGUGAGGUGACCAAGUAUGAGAAGUAUGAUGUGAAUGGGUUUCGCUUCCACACAGAGACGCACCAGAAGGGCCGGGCGAAUCCCAAAACGAUAAAUACUGGGGUCUUCACCAAAGGAGCCAACAAGUUUGAUUACUACGGAAGGUGACAAAGUGUAUACGAGUUGACAUUCAAUCGUACGAACGUGCAACUCAAUAUCGUCGUGUUCAAGUGUCAUUGGUUCGACCCAAUAGGUGGACAGAGAAGUGAUAAGUCCAUUGGGUUAGUUGAAGUUAAGCCUUCAACCACCUAUAGCGGAGCCGAUGUCUUUAUUGUGGCUCACCAAGCCAAGCAAGUUUAUUAUU